CAUUUGGAUCUUAACUAUUUGAUCUGUCAGGUCACACUCGAAACACAGCUUUAAAAAGUAUGAAAAAUAGGUGUUAGAGAAUUUCAGAUUGUUGAAGCUCAUCCCCCACCCUCAAAGUAAGAGGGGGAGAACAGCAGGGGGCGGGUUGGGGGUGGAAUAGAGUGAGUGAGGCCAGGACACACCGCUAUCCCGGCAGAGCAGAUGUUUAUCUACUUGAGGAGCACGAGGCAGGCACAAGACUGUGGGCAGACCCAGAUGGCAUUAUCAUCACAAAACACUGCAACCAAAUGGACUUACAAUUUUAGAAUAGAGUGAAGACAAACUUCUUCUACAAGAAAUCACUUUGAAUCUGUGUAACAUGUCAACUGACGAAGGAAACAUGAGUAGUGUGAUCUUCACUAAUAGUUCUGUGCCAGCUCCAACUCCCAGCUCCCUGGUGACGCUGCUCUUCAGCACGAAGCAUCCUCAGUCCACUCCAGCUGUCUCAGCUUAUCCUCCAAACCCAGACUCAUUGCCUAUAAUACUGGCAGUGCUGUGCAUCUUUCUCCUUUUUGCCAGCUGUGCGGUAUUCAUGGCACUUUGCAAGCCCAGCAGUCUAGAUGACACAAGUCAUGCUACUCGGGGAACCAUGCCAGACCACCCUACUGAUCCCAGCGAACCCCAGCUGCGACUGUGGAAGCGUCUAGGCUCAUUGAGACGAUCUUUGUCCUCUGUUCAUAGAAGCCGUCCAGUAUCACUAGCACAACGUUCCCUACCAAGAUGGGACUUCCAGUCCAAAGACAAUGUCCUCCAGCUAGACUUCAUGGAAUCUACAAAAAUGUGAGGAUAUUUAAACUGACAGCUAAGGUUACUCAGUCAAUCUUUGUCAAUCAAAGUGACUAAAGGUGAUAGACAACGAAACUUCAAAUGGGUUCUGCAUUAAAUUUUAAAUGCUGCAUUUCCUUUAAAAAUGACAUUUAACAAAGGAUGGAAGUCAUUCAAUUAAGUCCUCACUGCACCCGUCUCAAUGAAUGAUCCAACUUACAUUACUUGUUUGCAGUUUCAUACAUCAGAUAUGGAAUUGUUGAUAGUUCAAGCUAGGACUGUGAUGAUUAUACUGAAAAGUUAAUGCACAAUAUUUCCUUAAUGGAAGAAAAUGGCCAAAAGAUCCAUCUGUUGAGGAAAGAUCUAGUUUGUGUAGACAACACAUGAAACUUGAGGUCUAACAUCAUAUGAGAGGCAAAAAUGAACAGAAAUUCUGCAGUGAAAGGAGAGAAUUUCCCAUUGGGAUUAAUAAAGUAUCUAUCUAUCUAUCUAUCUAUCUAUCUAUCUAUCUAUCUAUCUAUCUAUCUAGAAGAGGUCUCUAAUUGUCAUGUGGAACACAAUCUUUGACUGUAUAAUCUGAGAGACUCUAGUGAAGUGAAUCACACUUUAAUGUACUGUAUGAGGGACGAUAUUUAAGAGCGGGUGACAGAAAUGCAUAGAAAAUGAGUAGAUACCUGAAAAUGAGUAGGCCACUAAAUAAAACCAGACCGACUGCUUUCAAAAUGACAUGCUGACCUAUAUUACUUUAGUUUUUAUGCAUUACAACAA